AGCUAAAAAAUUAGCUACGAAAACAAAACAAAAACAAAAAGAAGAAAAGAAAUGAGUUCCACACCUCUGGUUUUACCAUCGGCAGCCUCCGCCUCAGCCACCGCCUCCGCCCGUUUUCCUCUCUUCUCCAUGAAUCUAACUUCCUCUUCUUCCUCAUUUCCGGCGGCUUACUGCGACAGUUAUAGUACUAAAAAAUUCACAUCAUGUCUUGCUCCUCUCCACAGCUUCCUAACAACUUCCAUAACUAAAACUACUCCUGCCUCCAUUAUAAUUACGAAAGAGAAGAGUACGAGUAGGAGAACGAUGUUAGUUUCAUGCCAAGCGUCACCGUCGUCGACAACCGUGGAAGAGCAGGAGCAACAAACUAAGGUAGGAGCUAGGGUUAGGGUAAAAGCUCCCCUGAAGGUCUACCACGUUCCUCGGAUCCCGGAAUUAGAUCUCACCGGUAAAGAAGGUCGGCUCAAGCAGUACGUCGCGCUCUGGAAAGGCAAACGAAUUUCUGCUAAUUUCCCUUACAAAGUGGAAUUUUUGAUUGAGGUUGAAGGUCGCGGCGCUGUCAAAUUCUUUGCGCAUCUCAAGGAAGAUGAGUUUGAAUUUCUUGAUUGAUUCCUUAGCAAUGUUUGUUUGUAUGUAUGUGUGUGUACUAUGUAAUUUUACCCCAAUUGUCACCUAUACAAGAUUUUAUCAUUAUCUUUGCUGCUGCUGCAAAUAAUAAUAUGUAAAUUCUUACUGUUAUGUAAAAAUAAUUAGAGAAAAGUUCUCUUGUUU